UUUGCGGUAUUUGUGAACAGAAUUUUUUGCAAGAACCUGAGCUUGGUCACUGCAGAAGAUUUCUACUAUGCGGGGUUGGCCCAAGCUGUGAACACUUUCGGCAUCUCCAUAGAUCGUGCGAGCGGGAUACUUACUGUACUGAAGCGCAAGCUCAUUGUUGGUUGUCACCUCCAACCCCGACUAACAAAAGUGCUUCAUGAGGGAAAAAACUAUGUCUUCCCUUAAGGCCUCAUCCACUUUCAGAUCAAUAACAGGAACUAUGUCUUCCCUUAAGGCCUCAUCCACUUUCAGAUCAAUAACAGGAAGAAGAAUGCGGUGGCUCUCGCAGCAUUAAGCGGACAGAAUCCUAGUGUGGUGAAAGUGG